CAUUCACUGUCACUGUGCGGUGUUUCACACUGGAAGAAGGCAAAGAUGCGAGUUCACACUGCGACUUGUGCAGCAGCAGCAGCAGUGAGUGGAUCAUCAUACUCCUGCAGCAGCAGCAGCAGCAGCAGUAGGAGACAGUCUGCUCCCACGGACACAGCUCGUCUCCUCACCAUCACCUCCAUGUGAGAUGAACACUGUCAGUGUGACUGCAGCUCAUCACUGUGACCGCUGGCAAACCAGCAUGAUAAUAUCUGUUCACGCUCCAGUAUCUCCAGUGGACAGACAGUGAGGACCAGCCGCAGCAAUGCGAUGUGUGUAGGGGACCAGCGGCGGUGUUGUGGCCCCAGGCGGGAUGCUGCUGACGGCCAGUCAGCAUGACUCUGCUGGACUUGUGGCUGUCGCGCUCCAUCCCCAUGUGCCUGCUCCUCCAGAGCCUUGUCCUCAUGGCCCUGUGCUUCCCCUCGGCCAGCAUGUGUCCAAAGGGCUGCAUCUGCCUACGCGACCCCCACCUCCACGGCCUCAACGUUACCUGCAGCCAGUCGCGCCUCAAGGAGAUCCCGCCCAGUCUCCCGGUUGACACUGUCCUGCUGAGGCUGGACCACAAUCAAAUAGGUGCCGUGCCAGAUCAAACCUUCCAUGGACUCCGGCUUCUGAGGGAGCUCAAUCUUUCGUACAACGCGGUGGAGAAUUUAGGCGAAGCGGCCUUCAGUGGCAUUGAGGGGACGUUACAGGUGCUGGACCUCUCGCAUAACCGUAUUACUAGCGUACACAAGGAUGCCUUUGCUCGGCUCAAGGCCCGCAUCAUUGUGGAUGAUAACCCCUGGCAUUGCGACUGCGCCCUCCAACAGGCCAUCAGUGGAAUGGCCCACAACCACGAGGCUGCUGCCCGGGUUCUCUGCAGGAGCUCAGAGCUUCUGGACCAGGAGGGAAGACCUUUCUUGGCGGUGGAUACUGACCUCUGUAACCUGGCUAAAAGGACCACAGACUACGCUAUGCUGGUGACCAUGUUCGGUUGGUUUGCCAUGGUCAUUUCGUAUGUAGUCUAUUAUGUCCGGCAGAACCAGGAGGAUGCCCGACGUCACCUGGAGUACCUCAAGUCUCUUCCUAGCAAGCCCAAGAAACCCGACGAGGCUGACGACAUUAGCACUGUUGUCUGACGCUGUGUCAUAGUCAACACCAAAAUGUUUAAGGUAACAGGACCCACUUUUAAUGUGUUUACUCUUUGUACUUCUAGUUAUGUGAGCGUCAAACUGCUGAUGAACCUUUGUAUUUUGGAAAUGUUGUUGUACGUCCUUUAACCAGGGUUUGUUCCGUGACUGAUCUGAGAUGAGACGAGAAGGGGUUGGCCACACAGUUCUAAGAACCCUGUACUGACUCGGUAAUCACGUCUGUCCUGAGUGGUCUGAGUGCAAGUGCGGACGCACCCCCGAUCCAAUCCUGAGUGCAUCCUCAGAUACCAUCUAAAAAAGCACAGUCAGAGUCAUUAGAGGACACGUGUCUACAUUCCUGAAUAUGUAUGAAUGCACUUUGUCCUCAGAACGGAUUGUUGUUGUCCGAUUAUAUGAGUAAGUGUAUUAAAAUACAGGGUGGUUGAAGUCAGAGAUUCAUCCAGGAUACAUUUGAACUCCUUUUCGGUGUGGGAAAGUCGUUCUUGGUGCUGCCCACAUGUGAUCGGAUCACUGAGGACGGAUGUUAGUACGCGGUCUGAUUGGGGCCUAAUGAUGCAUUCACACCGAACAUGAAGCGAUACUCGUGCAAAGCCGGCCCAAGGCAUAGUGGAGAUGAAGAAAAUAAACAUUUUAACUUAUUAAAGAAAUCUAUAUAUAUAUAUAUUUAGAUAUAGAAAAAGUUUUGCACGCUAGUUAUUGGGUUUUAUUUUGUAGUAUUUUGAAGAUUGCUCAUUUAUCUGUUCCAGGUUUUGGAAACCAACGUCAUUAAACUGGUUUAUUUGCUUCACUUAUUACACUUACACUAUUCGUCAAGCACUGGCCAAUUUAGAGCACCAUAAAGGCUUGGGUCGGUGCUGGUGGUCGAAAGAGACUUUGCAUUAAUUGUGAAAGUAGUGGGACAACAUGAUGACAAGACAUACAUGACAAAAACAUUACCAGGAAGUCUUGCUUCCUUCACUUCCUGCCAAGCCCUGUCCUUCUUCACCACAGUGUGGUCAAGUGAUCCAGUUUCAAAUAUUCCAACCUUCAGCAUCUUUGUCUGCAUUGACCUUCGCGUCACGUUCGGUGUGAAAAACAUCAUUAUUGUCCAAUAUCACCGUUACCUUUUCUACAGAAAAUUAUGACGUUUUGAAAAUUUGAUUCUCAGGUCUAAAGAUAACAUCCAUUUUUUUUUAAAAUUUGGAAUUAUAUACAUA